AGCGCUCCGCGGCGCUCCUCUAUGGUCAGCGGCGGCGGCGCUCUAGGCGGCAGGUGUGCGGGGCGGGCUUUCUGUGGUGCGGCCGGCUGGCAGCCAUGGCGGCCGUUCGCGGCCUGCGGGUGUCUGUGAAGGCGGAGGCCCCGGCUGGGCCGGCUUUGGGGCUUCCGUCGCCCGAAGUGGACUCUGGCUUGGAGCGUGGCGAGCCGGAGCCCAUGGAGGUGGAGGAGGGCGAGCUGGAGAUCGUGCCGGUGCGGCGCUCGCUGAAGGAACUGCUCCCGGACACAAGCAGAAGAUAUGAAAACAAGGCUGGAAGCUUCAUCACUGGGAUUGAUGUUACCUCCAAGGAGGCAAUUGAAAAGAAGGAACAGCGAGCCAAGCGCUUCCACUUCCGAGCAGAAGUGAAUCUUGCCCAGAGAAAUGUAGCCUUGGACAGAGACAUGAUGAAGAAAGCAAUCCCCAAGGUGAGACUGGAGACAAUCUACAUUUGUGGAGUAGAUGAGAUGAGUACUCAGGAUAUCUUCUCCUAUUUUAAAGAAUAUCCUCCAGCUCACAUUGAGUGGUUGGAUGAUACCUCCUGUAAUGUGGUUUGGCUGGAUGAGAUGACAGCCACUCGAGCUCUCAUCAAUAUGAGCUCUCUGCCAGCCCAGGAUAAGAUAAGAAACAGAGAUACCAGUGAAGACAAGUCAUCUGAGAAAAACAAGAAAGACAAGCAGGAAGCCAGUUCAGAUGACGACGAGACUGAAGAAGGAGAAGUUGAAGAUGAGAAUUCAAGUGAUGUAGAGUUGGAGACGUUGUCUCAGGUAGAAGAAGAGUCUCUGUUAAGAAAUGAUCUUCGUCCAGCUAACAAACUUGCUAAAGGAAAUAGACUAUUCAUGAGAUUCGCUACAAAAGAUGACAAAAAGGAACUUGGAGCAGCCAGAAGAAGUCAGUAUUACAUGAAAUAUGGAAAUCCAAAUUAUGGAGGCAUGAAAGGAAUUCUUAGCAAUUCAUGGAAGCGAAGAUAUCAUUCCCGUCGCAUUCAGCGGGAUGUGAUCAAGAAGAGAGCCCUGAUUGGGGAUGACGUUGGCUUGACGUCGUAUAAACACCGACAUUCCGGAUUAGUGAACGUUCCUGAGGAGCCCAUUGAGGAAGAGGAAGAAGAGGAGGAGGAAGAGGACCAGGCCAUGGAUGCAGAUGACAGGGUGGUGCUGGAGUACCAUGAGGAGCUCCCCACUCUCAAGCAGCCCCGUGAGCGCAGCACGUCUAGGCGGUCCAGUGCAAGCAGCUCAGACUCAGAUGACAUGGACUAUGAUCUGGAAUUGAAAAUGAUUUCCACUCCCUCCCCAAAGAAAAGCAUGAAAAUGACCAUGUAUGCAGAUGAAGUGGAAUCUCAGUUGAAAAGUAUUAGGAAUUCCAUGAGGGCAGAUAGUAUAUCCACAAGCAAUAUAAAAAACCGAAUUGGUAACAAAUUGCCUCCUGAGAAAUUCUCAGAUGUCCGUCACCUCUUAGAUGAAAAGCGGCAGCACUCCUGUUCACGGCCAGCAGUGGGCAGUACUAAACCAGAUAUUCGCCAGCGGUUAGGAAAAAGACCGUAUUCUCCAGAAAAGGCUUUUAGUAGUAACCAGGUGGUUCGGAGAGAGCCCUCUUCGGAUGUACAUAGUAGGCUAGGUGUUCCCAGGCAAGAUGUUAAAGGCCUCUACUCUGAUACUCGGGAAAGGAAAUCAGGUGGUUUAUGGACUCGCUUAGGAUCUACAACCAAGACCAAAGAAAAGAAUACAAAGAAAGUGGAUCACAGGGCAUCUGGCGCUGAGGAAGAUGACUCGGAGCUUCAGAGGGCAUGGGGUGCUCUGAUUAAGGAAAAAGAACAGUCUCGCCAGAAGAAGAGCCGGCUAGAUAGCUUGCCAUCGCUUCAGAUUGAAGUCAGCCGGGAAAGUAGCUCUGGUUCCGAGGCAGAGUCCUGAUGCCCCUGGCUUUGGCAGCUGCCCUCAUAUCUGACAUUCUUAUGUAGGGUAGGGCGGACAGUAGGGGCCUUCCUCGCCAGAGCUGGCACCCUUCCCUUGUACCUGCGCCCUGAACACUUGCUGUCCCAAUAGACAGCUUCAGAGUGUGAUGCGUUUUGAAGGGUGUCUCUGUCUUGUGCUGCAGAGUUUUAGUUCUGGACCCCCAAGUCUUUCUCCCACACCCUGCAAGCUUUACCCUUGGAGAAAAAGGCAACCCUCCAGAUUUUGUAGACAUUUUCUUAAUAUUUUUAACAUUGUCUUUUAAAAAAAAUGUUUUACACAGUUCAUCCAAAGAGCAGAGAACUGAACUUCUCACUGUUGCCUUGGCCCUGACAGCUCUUGCCAGCACCCAUUCCCAAGAAAAGUCAGUUCCCAGGUGCUUAUUGGACAGUCUUUGAGGGGGAAAAUGAGGGAAGCUGCCAGCUUGGCCUUCCAGGACUUUAGUGUUGGGGCUGAGUUUUACAGGCCUGGCCUGAGAUGUGUCCAUCCUCUCAGGUAGAUAGAACGGAGCAAUCAGCAGUGGCUUCCAGUCCUCCCUAGAGGAUUUCUGUUAGGUCCUCUUCCUGGCUGUCAGCCUCAUGUGAAGAUCAAGUUCAGUGCUGUGGGACUUCUAGGGACAAACAACUGUGACUUAUGGAUUUGGAAUUGAUUUCUGUGCUUAGGGGUGGGGUCUUGGGUUGAUGUUGAACAAUUUUUAAGUCUGUAUUAUGUUUAAAAACUAUUAAUGACUUAAAAGUUUAAAUUUUUAAUUUUUAUAUGUGGAUAUUCCUCCUGUUGGCUACAGGGAAAGCUCAAGUGGUGUCUUUUGUGUUGUUAAAUAUACAUUAUAUACUUUGGAAGAAGGCAAAGAGAGGAGUCUGAUUAUUUUGAGUGAUACUAAUUGUAUGGUCUGUUAUAUUUGAAUUCAAUUGCUUUUUGGCCAGGAAAAAACUGCUAUCUAUCUGUCAUGGGUUCUUGUUCAUUACUACUUUUCUAGAAGUAAUACCUUGAUAAUUCAUUCUUUCUGUCAAUGACUUCUCAAUGAAGACUUACUCAAAAGUAGCAAAUAAGAUAAUAGUUUCAGAAAUUUUAGUUUAUUUUUAAUCUCCUUUCAAAUUAUUUUACCAUGGGAAGGCAGUAGGUUAUUUGGCUUCUCAUCUGACUUUUACUUUGCAGUAUUUAAUACUGUAUUUCUCUACAGGCUUAAAAGUGGUGAUUCAUUUGAGCACAUUAGAAUCUUGGAGAUAGUGCUGAGCCUCUAUCCCUUUUGGAAGUCAGAUUCUUCACCUGCCCUGGAUUGUCCUGUACACAGUGGAUCACAGAGGACUUCACUUGUGGUGGAGUGCGUGUCUCUUGAUGGCUGACUACACUGUGAAUGAGCAGUGUUGCAAGUAAAGAAGCAGAAGACUUAAGAGCUGAAUUGUAGUAAAACUGUAUCAUAUGUAGUAUUUGGUUACCCGCUCUCCCAAAAACGGGAGCAUAUAACCAAAGUGGUUUGACUUCCAAGGCUCCUAGAAAGAGGUAGUUCUUAUUUCUCUGUUAGUUCAGACCUAAGGCCUUCAAGGUUUUUAGUUUCUCUUGCCCUGUGUAACUCACAGUCAGGUUCUUAUAGGUUUAGGCUUUGGUAAAGGGCCUGAGAGCAGACUUGGAUGCCAGCCAAGGCUCUGGGCAGUGCAUGAGCCUUCGAGUCCUCGUGAAGAAAGUAAAUAGUCUGGAGCCCGUGUCUAGCCUUUUUUGGUCUCUCGGUGGUGUUUUAUUCUUGAAGCUGUGGCUGCAUGUUUUCUGUUGAGGUGGCCAAAGUGUCAGGAGAUAAGGCAGCAUGACUUACCGCAUCCUUUUCAGGCUCUGGUUCUGCCAGUGCGUUGAAGAUGAGUGUGUGGGUCCCAUGUGACAUGGCUUCCUCAUGGUUUAGACACUCCUCUGCUUUCUUUUUGUUUUUUAGUUGUGACACUUCCCAUAAGCAGUUCAGGCCCAUUUGCCUAGGGGCCUUUGCAUAUGUGUCCAUCUCCUGCUAGAAAUGAGAGGAGGGCUUUAUGGAAGAUAGGCAGUAUGAUUUCAAAACUAGCUCCUUGAGCUGACCGUGAAAGAUGCCCAUUUCAACAGCCUUGCUGUCCUUACAGCACGGCGAGCCCAGAAAGGUAUGUACUGCAUAAACUGAUGGCCUUCCCAGCAUCUUUCUCCAGCAUUCGGAGCUGCUCAAGUCUUCAAUACCUUGAGCCCUGUGACAGUGACAGUGGAUAGUGAGAACAGACCAGCAGGUACUGGGGCAUAUUUUAUCCAGGGCACUUUCUGUACAUGUGGGGUUAGUCUUCACAUGCUGCUUGAUAAUAAUGGCAGAGAUUUCAUCUUUGUUUCUGACUCUCCCUCUGUAGAGGGGCCAGAUAGCCUCUGGCCUAAGUCCAUGAAUCCUACCCUGCUUCUAUCCCCCCUCUGUGAAGCAGACUCUUUUGAGUCUCCCUCUCCACUCUACACAUUGUAGCUGGGGAGAAUUUUUGCUUAAGAGAUUAUUUACAUAGUAUGCAUUUCAUCCAUUUCAGUGCACUGUUGGCUAUUUAUAGAGUUGUGCAAUCAUUAUCAUACAUAAUCAGUUUUAGACUGUUUUUGUCACCAAAAACAUCCUGUCCCCACAAACAAUCAUCCUUCAUUCUUACCUCUCCUCAUACCUGGCAACUAAUAUUUCUGUCCUUAUGGAUUUGCCUAUAGUGGACAUUUCAUAUAUGCCAUAUGCUAUGUGUCUGUUUAUAUAAGGUUCAUCCAUGAACCAUGGUUCAUCCAUGGUAAAUAUCAUCAUUUCAAGUCUUGUGUGUGUGUGUGUGUGUGUGUGUGUGUGUGUGUGUGUGUGUGUUUAGUCAGGUUUUCAAUCUGUAGCCCUGGCUACCCUUGAGCUCCCUGUCUAGACCAAUAUGGCCUUGAAUUCACAGAUUGUCUUUCUCUGCUUCCCAAGUGCUAGGAUUAAAGAUGUGUGACACUGUGUCUGCCAGUGAUUUUUGUUUUGUUUCAGUUUUUUAAAUUGUCUAUAUAUUUACUGUUCAUUUCAUGGGCAUUCUGUGAUUUCUAGUUUGAGACUAUAAAUAUUUGUGUGCAAUUCCCCUUCAUGGACAUGUAUUUUCAUUCUUAAAUGUAAGAAUGGAAUAUGUAGGUCGUGUGGUAGCUCUGAUCUUUAUUUAGUCCUUAGAGGAAUUGCCAAGUUGUGUUCCCAUGGAAUGUAUCAGGAAUCUGGUUUACCACACUGUCUUCACCAAUACUUAUUUUCCAGUGUGAAGUGGUGUUUCAUUGUGUAUGUGCUGUGUUUUAUUUUGUUGCAGUGCAGGGGACCAAAUCCAGGACCUUGUACAUGUAGGCAAGCUCUGUGCCAUGGAGCUAUAUUCCCAGUCCCUGACUUAUUCUGAGUGACAGUUUCCUAAUGACUGUUGGCCAUUAUUUCUUCCUCCUUUGUCUUUGUCUUUGUCUUUCUUUGUGUGUGUGUGUGUGUGUGUGUGUGUGUGUGUGUGUGUGUGAUUUUGAGACAGGCACAUAAGUGUUGGGCAUUUUUUUUCAACAUAGGAUUUCUCUGUGUAGCCCUGGCUGUCCUGGAACUCACUCUGUAGAUCAGGCUAGCCUCAGACUUAGAGAUCUGCCUGCCUCUGCCUCCUCAGUGCUGGUAUUAAAGGCAUACACUAUCAUGCCUGGCUUUGUUGGCUAUAUUUUCAUGUGGUUUGCUUGUUUGUUUCAAGACAGGGUUUCUCUGUGUAGCCUUGGCUGUCCUGGACUCGCUUUAUAGACAGACUGGCCUCAAACUCAGAGAUCCUCCUGCCUCUUGACUCCCUGAGUGCUGGGAUUACAGGUGUAUGACACCACGCCGGCUAUAUUUUCAUGUGUAACAAGAUUAACUUUAAUAUCAGUCUGAUCUUAUUACUAUGUUUAAAACCUUUGCAGAACUUUAUCAUCACUUUGGGAAUAAAAUUCCAAACUACUUUGAUAGCCUAUGGAGCUGGUCAGGACAUAGGCUCUGGCAGUAUCUGUAGACUGUUCUCUUUUCUCCCUUGCUCUUUAUCUAUUAGUUUCUGUAUUCCUCUUGAUCUCACUGUCUUUCCAGACUUCACAGAGCAUGCCUUCAGGCCCCAUCUCUGCCCUGCCUUCUUUAUUUCUCUAAUGAACAAGGUUUUAAGAGAUGCUCCUCAGUACUGGAUUUCUUGUGUCUAUGUCCUUUUUAUUGCCAUAAAGGAAUCUUAGCUGACUCUGUGGUCAGAUUGUAAGUCAAUGUCUGAGUUAAAAAUUGAAUUAUCAAAAUACUUCUUGGAAAUCCCAAGGCAGGUGCCUGCCACAUUGAAGACCAACAGCACGAGUUUCUUGCAGUCAGUUCUUGCCUUUUUGGGAAAGGAUCACUGUUUCUUUGGUUGGGCGCUAGGUGAAGUAGUUGGGCAUGCAGGUAGGACCAUGUCAUGACAAUGCCCUCUUAUUUUGGUGUCAGAACCACUCAGUGAGGUCACUUUUAAGAACCUUGGGAACUUGGGCCAAAGGAGCAACAGCCAAAGGACAAAGGCUGUCCAGCUUGUCUGGGCUUGCUGUUGGGAGGGUGGAGCUAGUGUGGCUCCAUCACCUUGCAACUGUGGGGUUUUUUUUGUUUUUCGUUUUGCUUUUCAGAUAAGUGCUUCAUGUUUAAUCUUGUAACUCACAUAAUGCAAACCACAUGCCCCCAGCAAACCUCACUGGACUCUCAUUUCCUAUUCCUGGUUGAUAUGUUUGCUAAGUUGUACGCUCAGGAGAGCUUGGACCAUGUUUGGCUUGUGCAUUGGUCUUUUUCCAUACUUAUUAUCAUUGUGACCCAGCAGGUCCUCCGUGAACAUUUGUGAGAGCAUUAACCCCCGGCCAGAACAGCUCUGCCCUCUAGGCCCCGUGCCUUCUACAGGCAGGCCAGUCCUCGGUUUUCUUCCAUGUAUAUGCAAUGCUUUGUUCUCAUGUUUUGUUCUUGUCCCUUCCAGCCUGUGCGCUCCUAAGGAGCAGGUGUCUUCAUGUUGUUUUGUCUGUAUCGCUGAGCCAGGCCAGACCACUGUAAGUAGUGCUUCAGAAGUUUUGGGGAAGUGAAUGAGUUGUGACAACUCAGCUCGCACACCUUUCUGAGCAGGUGUUUUGAUUGUGGCCGAGCCCACCAGAUGCAAAUGGGAAAGAGUAUUCAUUGGUGUUUAUCAUGUAUGCAGUAAGGAAGAACUCUUAUUAAGUAGGUGUCAGAAAACGUCAGAAUUUGAUGGUCUGCUGUGUUUGAGCUGGAACUCAUCCAGCUCUAGAAAGUUGCUGGGAAAUCAUUUUGUUUUUCAGGCUCAAGGGUAGUUUUAUUAGGGUUUAAAAGAAAAAUACCAAGCAGGUUGUAAAUCCUAGCAGAUGGCAAGGAGAAGGAAACCAAAAAGGUCACACUGCUUAAGUUGAGCUGACUUGGACAUCAGCCAUGUCAUGGUCAGGAAUAGGCUUUAGAGAAGGAAUAAGAAAGUCCAUAGUACCAGGAAGAGCAUGCCUGGGUCUGACCAGCAUCUGAAAGAAAAAGGAUUACAGUUCCUUCACUGUGGUUUCAGAGACUUGUGAGCCAGGAUCCAGCUCUAGCCUAGAUCCACACAGAGCAGCUAUUCCUCUUAGCGUCCCUGAGCCAUCUCUCCUGUCCCAAAAAUAUAUUACUCAUCUGUCCUAGGGUCGCAGGAUAGAGGUGUUAGAUAAAUAAGAGGCUCCGAAGAGGGACCACUGACCCAGUGUUUAGCUCCUGGUCCUGUUGGGGUGAGUGACAGCAACCCAGAAGAGGAGGCAAGAAGUAACUGCCCGCCAGCAGCUAGUGUUCAACGGGAAAAUGCGUUCCUUCCUGCUCUCAAGGUGCUGUCAGUGCUGCAAUGCAAGGAUGCGCUUCGGGUAGGCAGUGCCAGGUGUUGCUUUAAUGGCUAUACCAAGAAGUUUGUUUCCUAAGUCUUUGCUUGCAAACCUUGUAUAAUAAGAUGUAACUCAGACCCUGAGCCUUUUCCUCCCUUUUUAAAUACAAGAGCUCAAAGAAGAAAAUAUAUUUUUGGUAAUUUGAGAAUAGUACUUUUGCUUCAAGACAGAUUGUAAACUGCAUAAUGUGACUGCAGCAAAUGCCUAGAACUUCUCCUAUGUUUAUAUUGCAGAUUUUAGCAGAAAGAGUAAUAGUCCCAACUCCUCCGAAACCCUUUAAGCACUUCCCAGAACUUUGAUGUUUCUGGAAGCAGUCAGGGAAAUGCUGCCCCAGAAGCCUGUUUCAAACGGUCUCUCCUUGUUGCACAAGCCGGCCUGGCCUGGAGCCCUGACUGUUCUAAAGCUCUCAGUCCUACAUCGAUUUCCCAAACACUGGGAUUACAUGUUUGCCAUGGCACUAUAAACUUUUUCUUUAGAAAUAAUUUCAAAAGCACAGGAGCAUCAAGGGUAGAACAAAGACUUUUUUCUAUAUUUUACCAUUCAGCAUGCUAAAGCAUGUUGUAAAGCAUGGAAAUGGCCUUUUCCUGUGCUGGUGAUGAACUCCAGAGUGUGGAUGGUACUCAGUUUACCAAAGUCACUAGCUUGCCCAGGAGUCUCUGUGUAAGCUGUCCCAGAGGCCUCUGAAUGCUCAGAUUCUUUAGUAGUUGAGACUCUGUGUGACCUCAGACACCUCUAUCUCCGGACCAGUGAGAGCAAGAGCCUCACACGAUUAACAGAAACAGCCUCGCCCUAUCCUAGCGCUGGAUCCAGUGACCUGUUCCUUUUCUGCUUACGUACAGAAGUUCUCCUGAGGGCCAUGAGCUGUUGGCAGCAACCUCAGCUCAGGUUGAAUGUCUUUUUGAGGAAAGGCAAAGAGAGUGAUGGCUGGAGCAGAGGUAGGUCUUAGGACUCAUUCUCACGUUCACCACUGGAAAAUGGAACACAUCCCUUCCUCUCUGGGCCUUAGUUCCUUUGUCCAUGAAAUGGAGGCCUCAAACGAGAUGACAAGUGUUUUUCCUGCACACUAUGAGCUGAGAUGGGAGGGGCUGCUGCUGCUGUGCUCUUCAAGGAGAUGUGGUUAGCAAGAGACCUGCCUGAUCCCACAGCCAGUGCAGCCUUCUCCCUGCCUACUCGGUCAUGAAGGGACCAGAAGGACCAGUGAGAUGGCUGAAUGGGUAAAGGCUUUCGAGCCUGAGUUUGUUCCCUAGGCUCUACAUGACGAAAAGGAGGACUCUGUAGGUUAGCCAUUGACCUCCACACAUGCACUGACGUGCCCGUGUGCAUGCAUGCAGGUGCACACAAACAUGGUCCAGUCUCUCAUUUGAGAACUCUUUGAGGGCGCCUAAGGCGCCAGUUUGCUUAGGCAGCUAUGGCAAGAUACCCAGAAUGGAUGGUUUGAACAACAAACAUUUAUUUUCUCACAGACCUAGAAGCUACAAGUCUAAGAGGGUCCCAGCGUGGAAAGAGUCCUGUCUUUGGCUUGUUUGCAUGGCCUUUUUCCUCCAUGUGUACCUGUGGACCUUCUCAUAGCAAUAACCCUGUGCCGUUAGGUCUGGGACCUACCCUUUUGACCUCUUAAACCUAAUGACUUACUUCUUCAAAGCCAAGUUUCUAAGUCUAGUCACAUUGAGGUUUGGAAUUUGAAUACAGGAAUUUAGAGGUGAAUAUUGUCCAGCCGUUAGCUCCUGGGAAUGCACAGGUGAAGGUCUGUAUUUGUGCUUUUUAAAUGCUCAAAAACUCAUGAUCUGAAGAGAAAAGGGUUUUAGUUCAGGGUCAUGGUUCUGGAGGAGACAGUCAUGUCUGCCUCCCAGUUCAGCAACUUAUCCAUGUGACCUUGGGCUCAGUCCUUAGCUUCCCUCUGAUGUCAGCACCAUUAGACAUGAGAUGACACUACCCUCCGAUAAAGGCACUUCUAGGUGGCCUUGGCUCUGCCUGUUCCUGACUCCCUGUGGUCCUCAUCUUCAGAUGUACUCUUCCCAGCUUCUUGAGGAAAGGCUGGCUGUGAUUGGAACCACUUCUGUCUGGAGACUUGGAGGAAAGCCCCCUCCACUGUUGUAUGUGUCUCGCUUCCUGCUUGCUUGUGACUCAGGACAGUACCUGGCCUCCUAGUGCACACUUCUCUCUCCCUGAAUAUGUAUCAAACUUCCCUUUGGGGAGCGGUAGGAAGGGGAGACAGCUUGUUACACAAUCUGGCCUGGUCUAGAUCCCUGACUAGUCUAGAGCUCUCAGUCCUACAUCAGCCUCCCAAACACUGGGAGUAGAAGUUUGCCAUGGCUCUGUAAACUUUUUCUUCUGAAAUAAUUUCAAAAUCAUAGUAGCACUGAAGAUAGAACAAAGAACUUUUUUCUCUAUAUUUUUUACCAUUCAGUCUUUUCCCUUGCACCUUUUCCUCAUCCCCAAACUACUUGAAGUAUUUUGCACUGCAUUCCACUUUACCAUCACCAUGCUUUGUGCUGUGUCCCAUAAGAUAGUUACCAACUUCAGAAAUAUGUAGUGUCUGGUCAGUAUAGUAAUUGCUCAUUUGUAGUUCAGGCUUCUGGCUGUUCAGUAAUGCUGUUUCAAGCCUUUCUCGCCGCCCCCAAUCCAAGAUCUAAUCUGGCAUCAAGUAGUAAACUGCCUUUGUUCGGCACCUGGAGCGUGUCCUCAGCCUUUCUCUUGUCUUUUAUGACAUAGAUGUUUUGGAAGGAUAUGGUCUAGUUAGUGAUACAAGAUUGGCAUUCAAGUUGACUCCUUGAAGUAAGUAUUGGCCGAACUUCCAGCCUAAGACUGGGUGCUGUGAGAGAACAGAAGAGGAGACAGCAGAGCCACUAACAUGGGGCCUGAAGCUCUGGUUUGUGAGAGAACAUUAGUGUCGGAUUGGCUGGGAGGGCCUCUGCAAGUCGUAACUUCUGGCAUUGACAGUCUUUGGUGGAUGCAGUGGACACGCUAGAGUCCUAUAGAGAUGCAGAAAAUACCCCUGCUCCCUCAGCCAUCUGCUCUGUUGGCCUCCUGUGCUGCCUGGGUUCACACUCAACAGUCCUGCUCCUAUGUGAGCUGCCAUCUUGGGCUCCUGCCCUAUCAAAGGUGCGCUUUGUGAUGGCAGAGUGCCCCUUUCUUCCUGUGGGCCAGGGCUGGGAGCAUCCUUGAGUGACUCUACCUUUGGAUUCGGGAGCAGUGAUGAGAAGAUGGGCUGGCUGCUGGUGCCACUGUGGCUUGUGACAGGUCUGUCCAGCAGCCUUAGGGUGCUCUGGACUAUGAUGUACGUCAUCACACCUGAAACUCUGCUUUUCUAGCUGCUAAUGUGUUGUGCAGAGGGAAGUGGUGAAUUGUAAUCUCUUUUCAAAUAAUUCCAUAAGAUCUAGUCAAAUGUCAAACCAAAGCUGACAGUGUGGAAACGUCUGAAGUGUCAUUGAAUCUUCACAGAAUUUUGGCUAAAUAAGUUUUCCCUGUGAAAAACAAAAUAAAAUUGAUUUUCCUAUAGUCAUUAA